GCGUGUGUGUUGAUGGUUGUGUGUGCGUAUAUGCUAUGCUGCCUGCGUAACUCAAGACUUCGUUGAAGCGGAUCUGUCCCUUUGUGUUUCUUUAUCGGAAGUGUGGGACAGUCUUUGAAGGAGAGCUCCCACGCUGCCGGUGUGAGGUUGUGAAGAGUCAAGAAAAGAAGUGACAACGCAGUUUCCCCCUGGUGGAUCAUUUAAUUACUGGGAGUCUCUUCGAGAACGCACAAAGCACUAUAAUGCAGAGCGUUGGUAGGUUCUGCAUCGCGAGGCUGCAAAGGCGAUUCAAUCUGCUGUAACUGUGUAUAAGUCUCCUACCUUUCGCUUGAUGAUUCAAGGUUAGCACUGGUACCUAUCAACUUUGCAAAGCUGCUGCGAUAUACAGCCGCUGACAUCACAGUGUCCGCACCCGACGAUAUGGAAGACUUGAAAGUUUUAGCAAAGAACGAAUUGGGCGAAACCGCAGAAGUAAGACGAGAAUCCUUAGCAGAGCUCAACAAACUUCUCGAUGAGAACAGUCACGUGCGAAUUCCUCGAGAUGACUACAUUCUCCUCAUGUUUCUUCGUGUCCGCAAGUUCAAUGUGCCAGGUGCAUUGAGAACGAUAAAGAGAUACGUCCGUGCUCGCAGAGACAUUCCGGAGUAUUUCGACAACUUGACUCCAUCGAGUAUUCCUUAUCAGGCUGUCUUCAACGAGCACAAACUCAUCAAGUACCCGAAGGAGAGGGACUCCCAAGGAAGAGCCGUGGCUUACGUGAAUUUUGGUGCCUGGAGUCCAAGCAUUUGUUCCAUGGACGAUCUUGCAAGGUGUGUUUUGGUAGGACUAGAAUCUGGCCUCCUGGAUGAAGAAAUACAGAUUCGCGGAGGCGUAGCGAUUGUAGAUCUAAAAGGAUUCUGCGCUCGACACCUGAUACAGCUGACACCUAAAUUCGCAAGAAAAGCCAUCAUGCUAGCACAGGACACAAUGCCGGUGCGGAUCAAAGGAGUCUACUUCAUAAACUGUCCACCGGUAACAGAGACUCUUUACGGUCUUGUGAAAUCAUUUCUCUCUGAGAAACUGCAGAAGCGGCUCCGUUUCAUUGGAAGCGACUUGACAGAGCUUUCCGGAGACAUUCCUGCCGAAAUUUUGCCAGAGGAGUUCGGAGGUAAACCGGAACGUUUCGACUUCGCGAGGCAGGAAAAGGUGUUCCUCGGAAAUGCGGACCACUUCGAAAAAAUGCUAAGUUGCAGUUAUAAGGAACAAUAAAAUUUUAUUACCUCGAAAGAA